GCCUCGCAACGUUGGUACAUAUUAGUUAGUUCUACACGUACGUUGCUUAAAUAAAUAAAUAAAACCCCCGAGAUGAAACAAGUCCCGAGGAUUCCGAGUGUUUUCCUUUCCUUUCCCUUUUUCCGCUGUCUCGGGGGAUUAGCAGGUAUCGUUAGAUGUCUUAGUGAGGCCUACACGUACCCGGUACGGAUACACCAGGCGGUUCAUGUACCUAACCUUACUAACCGAAUACCCCAGGUACCUCUCUUUCCUUUUGGGCGAGAUGCGGCAUUGUGGGGAUGGCGGUUGAUAUGGGACAAGGCCCAAUGGAAUGGAGGGGGUUUGAUGUUUUCGGAGCCGCCACAUACACAUUUCUUUCGGUCACAAAUCGUCGCCUAUGCAUUUUAUGCACAGACCCCGGAGACACCUAAGACAGCAAGUUUCGUCAUCGAUAGGACCAAGCGCAGCAACUUUCAUCGUCGAUAUGCCCUUCAUCAACCCGGCACAUUCAACGUACAAUUUUAACUGAAAACAUGGCUCGAUCAGGGAGGCUCGGGUUAUGGCUCAAGAUGUUGGGCAUGUAA